AUGCAAAAAGGACGGUCAGCCCUAAUGAUAGCGGCAGCCCUGGGCUAUAUCGACGUGGUUUGCCUUCUCGUCUCUUAUGGAGCCGUUCUUAACAGUAAAGAUAAAAAUGGAAACACAGGUAAUAGUAAUGCUAUUCUAAUGACACAAUUCCUGAUAGAAAAGGGCGCAGAAAUCGAUUCACUAAAUAAUAGGAAUCAGACGCCGUUAGUGGUGGCGGCAGAGUUGGGUCACACAGAAGUGGCAGAAGUGCUCAUUAGAAGCGGCGCUGAUCUUCAGGUCCAAGAAAAGAGCGGAAGGACUGCUCUAUACGUGGCUUCGAGAGGAAGUUUUCAGGCAAUCGUUGAUAUGUUGAUAAGGGCUGAGAGGGAGAAGAUUCUGAAAUUGAAAAUAAAUAGAGACGGACUGAGACUUUCGCAAAACUCACGCAAAGAGACGUUUGAAUCGGAGGACUGCAACGAUAUCGAGGCCACCAAUCAUUGCGAGCAUGAAAUCAAUCAAAACAUAUCAUUAAAUCAUUUCAAAAAAAUAUUAUGGAAUCUCUCGCGGAAUCACUUGGAAAUGAAUGACUGGAAACGAUUGGCUCGUCUCUGGAGUUUCACCGAAGAACAGAUUAAAGCUAUUGAACAUCAAUACACGGGAAAGACUAGUUAUAAAGAGCACAGUUACCGAAUGAUGAUCAUUUGGCUCCACUCUCUGCCGCCCUCCAAGAAUCCAUUCAAUGAACUCUAUGAGGCACUCAUUGCCAUCAAUAGGAAAGAAAUUGCCGGUCAGUCAAAAAAGUGCGAAAGAAAGCAGAAGAAGGAAAUAUAUUCCGUUCCCAACGUUUCGGUUGUCAGUGUUUGCCCGGAAUUCCCGCAUCUCUUUGCCAUUACUGUUGCAUAUCUUAGAAACUAAUAUUCAAUUUUACAAUUUAUUCAAACG